CCGAAAAUCAGUAGAAUCUCAACAUAAUGCCUGAGGAAACCACACAUAAGGCGCCCGCGUGGCUGACCGAGGAAUACGUGGAGAAGAAGUUAAGAGUCUACUUCAAGAACGACAGCCUGAAUGUGGAGAAUCUGGACAUCAAGCCGGCGACAGCGAAUGGAGAGAACUACGCGAGUGUGAUGACGCGAAUUAAAGUGGAGUACACCACAAAGGACUCCAAGGACAAGCAGAGUACAACGUUCCUAUUGAAAACCACGUUUGCCGACAAGGAUCCGGCGGCCCAUUUGCUCUUCAACUACGGAAUCUACACCAGGGAGAUAGACAUGUACGAGCAGAUCCUGCCCCGACUGGCAGACAUAGUGAGGGACGAGCUCCACGACUCCCGGAAACUGUUUGCGGCUACCGUGAAUGUGGACCGGGAGCGGAACUCGAUCAUGUUCGAGGACCUUUCCCUGGAGAAGUAUAAAGUGGCUUGCCGUGUGAAGAAACUGGACCUGGAGCACACCCAUCUGGUCCUGGAGAAACUGGCCGACUUCCAUGCAGCCGGAGCAGUUCUAGCCGAGCGCCAGCGUGGUAUCUUUGAGAAAAACUAUGAUAGGGGAUUUUUCAACAAACAUGUUCGCGGCUACGAACCCAUCAUGAGGAAUAUUUUGAAAGCCCUGUCACGCACCCUUGAGCUGAAUCAGGAUCUGAAGGAACGUUACCAGGAAAAGAUCGAUGGGCUCAUCGACAACGUAAUGGAGUACGGCGAGCGAUCGACGACUAUUAAUCCAGGGGACUUUGUUACCCUGGCUCAUGGAGAUAUUUGGACCACCAACGUUAUGUUCCAAUACGACGACGAAGGUCAUCCCACGAAUGCCAUCUUCAUCGACUUCCAGUUCAGUGUAUGGAACUCGCCGGCCAUCGACCUGCACUAUUUCUUUUCGACUUCGAUCCACGAGAAUCUUCGACUGCAAAAUCAGACAGAGCUGGUCCAGUUCUAUUAUUAUAAGCUGGUGAAGGCCCUGCAAAAGGUGAACUAUUCGGGCAAGGUUCCCAGCUUGUUUGAGUUCCAACUGCAGUUCAGGGCCAAAGCCUUCUAUGCUGCAUUUUCAUCACUGAUCUUUGAGCCCACCAUGGUGUAUAAUGGCAAGGAAGAGCCGUCCAUAGAGAGCUUUAUGACCGCUGACGAGAAGGGAGUGCGGUUGAGGGAUGCACUUUAUCAGACAGAAGAAAACCAAAAGAAACUGCUUUUGACGCUGCCGUUCCUCGAUCAGUGGGGAUUGCUGGACGAAAUGUAAAGUGUGUGUUAUACACUUAUAAAUGUUUUUAAGUUUUUUUUACUGAUUAUGUUUGUUUUUAUUUUGAACGAGAAUAAAUAAAAAUAGUUUCAAUUGGG